GACCGGAGAAAAGAGAAGGAUGGUGAAAGUUGGGCAAAAGACAGAUGAAAUCAUGGGAGACAUCAUAAAGGAGCACAGAAACAACUUAGGCAGUGGGAAAACGGGUAGUGGAGAAUCAGGUAGUGAGGACAUAGUUGAUGUCCUCAUAAAGCUAAAGGAUAGCGACAGUCUUCCAAUGUCUAUCACAGACGACAACAUCAAAGCUGUUAUUCUCGACUUGUUUGCAGGAGCAGUGGACACAUCAAAGACAACCACCGUGUGCGCAAUGGUGGAAAUGGUGAAGAAUCCGAGGGUGUUGGCGAAAGCACAAGCCCAAGUAAGGGAAGUUUUCAAAGGGAAAGAAAAGGUAGAAGAGAGCGAUAUGGAAAAGCUGUCAUACUUGAAUCUAGUGAUCAAAGAAACUCUGAGGCUUCAUCCCCCAGGUUCUGUGAUAUACAGGGAGAACAACAAAGAAAGUGUGAUUUGUGGAUACACCAUUCCGCCCCGAACAAGAGUUCUUAUCAAUGCCUGGGCCAUCGGCAGGGAUCCCCAGUACUGGGAAGACCCGGAGAGCUUUAAACCAGAGAGAUUCGAAAAUGACCCAAUGGAUUUCACUGGAAAUCAGUUCAAAUAUAUGCCAUUUGGGAGUGGAAGGAGGAUCUGCCCUGGUAUUUCAUUUGGUUUAGCAAAUGUUUGCACUCCUUUGGCACACUUGCUUUACCACUUUGAUUGGGAACUCCCUCAUGGAACCACACCUCAUACCUUGAAGCUCUCAGAGCUGCCUGGAUUAGCCAUAGGAGUAAAGAAUGACAUUUUCUUCAUUGCUGCUCCUCCUCCUGCUGCUUAA